AGGCUUCAGUUAGCCAUUUGUCUUUUUGCCUUUAACAACUGUCAGUACAGCGGAUGCGGUGUUUAUCGUAAUAACUAGGGGGAAAACGUGAAAUUAGCAAACAUUCUUUAGAUAUUAAAACUGGUGACACGGCGAAGAAGAAAGCACCGGGAUUUUCCGACUGUUGAGAAACCAUUUUGUGAUUGCCGAUGCAUUCUGGUCCAUAACGUUGUACUCGUUUCGCUAGCUUAAGUUGGCAAGCUAAGCUAGCUAUAUCGCCUGUCGUUGAUGGGUUCGCAGAGCGAGCAACACCUGGAAGAAACAGCGACUGUUGCUUUGUAAACAACAUGGACACGACCGAAGAAGCGGAUAUUUGUCGUGUCUGCCGCUCUGAGGGGACCCCAGACAAACCUCUGUAUCAUCCUUGCGUAUGCACCGGCAGCAUAAAAUUCAUUCACCAGGAAUGUCUGGUCCAGUGGCUGAAACACAGCAGGAAGGAGUAUUGUGAAUUAUGCAAGCACAGGUUUGCAUUCACACCAAUCUACUCCCCAGACAUGCCGUCACGUUUGCCCAUUCAGGACAUUUGUGCCGGCCUGCUGACUAGCGUGGGCACAGCCAUUCGCUACUGGUUCCAUUACACACUGGUGGCAUUCGCUUGGCUUGGCGUGGUUCCUCUCACUGCAUGUCGCAUCUACAAGUGUCUUUUUACCGGCUCCGUGAGCUCCCUUCUGACACUGCCGUUGGACAUGCUCUCCACAGAAAAUCUGCUUGCUGACUGUCUGCAGGGGUGUUUUGUGGUCACAUGCACCCUAUGUGCGUUUAUUAGCCUGGUGUGGCUCCGAGAGCAGAUUGUCCACGGCGGCGCUCCGCAGUGGUUAGAACAGCACCUGCCUCCGCCACCCAAUGCGGCCGGACAAGCCAACGAGGCGCAAGCGGCAGGCCCUGGAGCAGCAGAUGAAGCCCCCGCCGGCCAAGCAGCCCCUGCAGAGCCUCCAGCCCAGAAUGACGCCGAGCCAGAGCCCCCUGAUCCGCCAGAGCAGGGCGAUGACCCCGAGCUGGAGGAAGAGGAAGGAGUGGCUGCUGAAGACGCCGACCCAAAUAAUGGCGCGCAAGAUGACAUGAACUGGAACGCUUUGGAGUGGGACAGAGCGGCCGAGGAACUCACCUGGGAAAGGAUGCUCGGCUUGGAUGGAUCGCUGGUUUUUCUUGAGCAUGUAUUUUGGGUGGUGUCUCUCAACACGCUCUUCAUCCUGGUGUUCGCAUUUUGUCCCUACCACAUUGGACAUUUCUCGGUUGUGGGUCUUGGUUUCGAGGACUAUGUUCAAGCUUCUCAUUUUGAAGGUUUAAUCACAACCAUUGUUGGCUACAUCCUGCUGGCCAUGACGCUUAUACUGUGUCACGGAUUGGCUGCUGUGGUCCGGUUUCAGCGCUCCCGCCGUCUCCUUGGAGUCUGUUAUAUCGUUGUCAAGGUCUCUCUGCUAGUUGUUGUGGAGAUUGGUGUUUUUCCACUGAUAUGUGGCUGGUGGCUUGACAUCUGCUCUCUAGAGAUGUUUGACGCCUCUCUGAAAGAUCGAGAAAUGAGUUUCAAAUCGGCACCUGGCACCACCAUGUUCCUUCAUUGGCUUGUUGGGAUGGUCUACGUCUUUUACUUUGCUUCCUUCAUUCUACUUUUAAGAGAGGUGCUGAGGCCUGGGGUCCUGUGGUUUCUGAGAAACCUCAACGAUCCAGAUUUUAACCCAGUGCAGGAGAUGAUUCAUCUUCCCAUCUACAGACACCUGCGGCGCUUCAUUCUGUCGGUGGUGGUGUUUGGUUCCAUUGUGUUGUUAAUGCUCUGGCUUCCCAUCAGAUUGAUUAAACUACUGAUGCCCACCUUCCUGCCAUAUAACGUCAUGCUCUACAGCGAUGCCCCAGUCAGCGAGCUGUCUUUGGAGCUAUUAUUACUUCAGGUCGUGCUGCCAGCUUUAUUGGAGCAAGGACAUACCCGCCAGUGGCUCAAAGGCUUAGUUCGGGCCUGGACAGUCAGUGCUGGAUAUUUAUUAGAUCUCCACUCGUACCUCCUUGGGGAGCAAGAGGACGUCGAUCCUAACCAGCCGGUGAACAACAACAACAACAAUCCUCCCCCGGGACAACAUAAUAAUAACAACCCGCCGCCAGCUGUUGGCGAGGGGCUGCACGCAGCCCACCAGGCCAUCUUGCAGCAGGGUGGACCUGUGGGCUUCCAGCCCUACCACAGACCUCUCCGCUUCCCAUUCAGAAUUGUGCUACUGAUUGCAUUUAUGUGCAUCACCCUGCUGGUGGCUAGUCUUGUGUGCCUGACACUACCAGUGUUCACUGGACGCUGGCUAAUGUCCUUCUGGACUGGAAGCUCCAAAAUUCACGAGCUGUACACUGCAGCUUGCGGCCUGUAUGUAUGCUGGUUGUCCAUCCGUGGAGUCACUGUACUGCUGGCUUGGAUGCCCCAGGGACGCACCGUUAUUGUGCACAAAGUUCAGGAAUGGACGUUCAUGAUCCUUAAAACCUUGGUUGUUGCUCUGCUGGUUGCUGGAGUCAUCCCACUGUUGUUGGGUCUGCUGUUUGAGCUGGUCAUUGUAGCUCCGCUCAGAGUACCUCUGGAUCAAACGCCCCUCUUCUACCCCUGGCAGGAUUGGGCUCUUGGAGUGCUUCAUGCCAAAAUCAUUGCGGCAAUUACCUUGAUGGGUCCUCAUUGGUGGCUGAAAACUGUUAUUGAACAGGUGUACGCCAAUGGAAUUCGCAACAUUGAUCUUCAUUUCAUUAUUCGUAAACUGGCAGCCCCAGUCAUCUCAGUGCUGCUGCUGUCUCUGUGUGUGCCCUACGUCAUUGCGGCUGGGGUAGUGCCUGCUGUCGGGGUGACCCCAGAGAUGGAGAUUCUAAUGCAGAGGAGAAUAUACCCCUUCCUCCUGAUGGUGGUCUCACUUAUUGGCAUCCUUUCCUUCCAAAUUCGACAGUUUAAGCGCCUGUAUGAGCACAUCAAGAAUGACAAGUACCUGGUUGGCCAAAGGCUUGUCAACUAUGAAAGGAAAGCAGGAAGAGCAAGCUCAGUCCCCCCCUCCAACCCUAUCAUAGAAUAGAUUUUCACUGCAUACACACCCUUCUCGCCUUAUGAUUUGAUCAGUCACUGAACUGUAGUCCUUUUAGAAUCUCUUGGUGGAUUUCAUGGAUGUUAUUCAGUCCCCUGAUUCCCCUUUCAUGCCCAUUACACUUGGGAAGGGAAACAUGUAUUAUAAUCAAGGGACAGCAAAGUAAUAUCCUCCAACAGAGCGAGGGCGAGAGAGGGAGAGGGUUUUGAUUAGAGUUUUUGUCUUUCAUACUCGCCUUGCUUUGUAAAGUGCUGCCUGAUAAUUGUACAUGUGUAAAUACUUUGAAUGCAGAUUUUGUCUUAAAAAAAAAAAAAGAAGACAUGACGCGAUGACCAUUGUACAUCUUAAAAGUGUAUGUAUAAUUUAUUAAAUCAAGCCAGCAAUUUCUGUUUGUUUUCA